AUGCCGGUCCCCUGCCUUAACAACACUCUAGCUGACGCGCGGUGGAGCCGGCGUCUUUCAGGUCGCGCGCCGCUGAGGCCGAAGCCGAAAGCCGCGCGCUGGGGCCUCGUCGGCGCAGGCAGCGACGCGCGUCAGAUGCGCUCCGCGUCCGGCGUCGAACACGCGGCGCUGUGCGCGCAGCGACGCGUGGCGUCGCUCGCCCGGCAGCUGGGGCGGCGCCGCGACGCCAGACGAGUGCCGCGCGGGAGCGGCGGAGCGUCCACAGGAAGCCCGGGCCACGUGCGGCGCCGCUUCCGGCCGCCAGCCUCUGCCGACAACAAUGUGCGGUGCGGCCGUCGCCAUGGUUACCGCCCUGGCCCAGCCACUCUCCGUAUCCCUGACCGCAAUUACACCGGGCCAGCUGGAGCGUCCCUGUACUUCGUGCCUCGGGGCAGCCGUGGCGUCGUGGAGCUGGAGGAGGCGCGGUCGCCGGCGGCGGCUGACGUCGCGGCGCCCGUGUCCGCCUCCGCGGCGCCGACGCCGGGCGCAGACUCGCCGUCCCCCGCCCCCGAGCCGGAGCACCUCGCGCCCGACGCCUCCGCCUCCGCAACGGUGCCUUCUUCUACGUCCUCGUGUUCCGCCUCCGACGAAGAGCGGGGGCGGAGCAGCGACGGAGGCGGCGGCGGCGGCCCCGUCCAGACAGACGCCGCCCUCUGCGCCGCCUCCGACGAUAGCCCUCCGGCGGUGGCCGCCACGCUGGGCCUUCAGGGACUGCUCAGGGUCCGCGCACUCGUGGCAGCGGCGGCCAUCGCCGCGUCCCCCGACCCGCCGGGCGCGGGGGCGGUGACCCCCGAGAGCGGGGGCGGCUCGGGGCCGGCCUCCUCCGCCUCCGCGUCCGCCGCUGCCGCCGCCGCGGUGGCCGCCGCCGGCUGCUGGGGCGGCGAGGAGCGCGCGCGCAUCGCCGAGUACCUGCAGCGCGCCGACACCGCCGUCAUCUUCCCCGAGCCGGUGGCCGAGCCGGGCGCCGAACCCGAGACCGCGGCCGCCCGCGCCGACGCCGACAGCGCUACCGGCGCCGGCACGCAGCGCUGCGGGGCGCGUUGGGAUGCCAGGCGACGCCCGCCGUCGUCCGUCACGGCGGCGCCAUCGCUCAGCGACGCUCCUGAGGACGCGGGCCGCGCCCCGGCGCCCGCCGCCGCGACCACGCUUUGCUUUUAA